CACUGUAUCUCUCAUCCCACUAGUUCAUCUUCUGGACAACGCUUUACUUGUGGCUCAUCCCCCUCUGCAGGGAUUCCGGCUGGGGUAGGGGGAACCUUCCCACCAAGGGGAUAUUUCAUUCCCAGCAGCUCACAGCAAAGCCCAGUGGCAUGCCCAGUUUCCUAGAGUAACACGAUCAUAGAAUGGUUGGGUUGGAAGGGACCUUAAAGAUCAGCUGCAAAAGGCUGGGAUAGGGAUGCUCCAACAUGUCGCUCUGGUGGGGACUGUUAACCAAGGAUCUGCAGGAUGCAAGUGAAAGUGGGAAGACAAAAGCCCCAAGUCAGGUGGAAGUGGCCAAGGAGGAAAGGAUGUGAGUGACGGUUACUGUGAGCUGGGGCAGGAGGUCACUUGCAAACCCACAGGAAGGCGUGAGGGGUUCUCAGAAGGGAAAUGAGGAGACAGCCGUUGCCUCUGGAGCAGUCACAAGCCUCAGGGGAACCCAGGGAGGAGCAGAGCUGUUGAUAGGUGAAGAGCAGAGCGCUGUGGGAUGGGUGGGAGCAGCCCGGACACCACACAAUGCAGUAGGAACCUGCUCCUGGGCAUAGCCCUGCUGUUCCUGAUGCUGCCCGACGCUGCCAGAGGACAGGAGAUCUGUGCUGCCCUGGGGCGGGGUGAUGGGCAACACCAGUGCUGCAACGUGAUGGUGGAGCAGGAGGAGCGAGGAGAACGGACGCUGAGCCCCGACCUGCCCCAGCGCUGCCCGGAGCUGGGGCGCUCAGGCAGCCCCGCAUGUGCCUGCCUGCGGGAGCGCUGGCUCAGGCUGCUGCAGGCGGUGGGGCCAGUGCUGCACAGUCAUGUGCCCGGGGUGAAGGUGCUGCUCCUGAACGUCAGCAGGGCCGUCACCCAGGACGUCCACAUUGCUUUUUCCCCCACAGAGCACCCCAGGAUGCUGAAUGCGACAGGGAAGGGGAAGGCAGGAGAAAUCUAUCUCCCUCGGGGGAUAUUCUGGUCCCUGAGCAGCCAGACAGUGCACGUGGUGGUGACGGUCCUCAACAUCCCACAGCUGGGCAUGUUCCAGGAGGUCAACCAGACAGGGCAGGUCCUGGACAACACCGUGGUGGGCAUCACAGUGGGAGAGACGAGCAUCUCUGGUCUGCGGGACCCCGUGCACCUCACCUUUGCCCAUGGGCAGCUGCCCCACGGCAUCACCCCACAAUGUGUCUUCUGGGAUCCCAGCAAAGGUCUGAUCCUCACUGGGGCCUCUUUGGGGCUGGGUGUGGGUGCUGUGCCUGGCUCUUGGGGUCAUCACACUGUGCUUGUUUCAGGGCAGGCAGGAGGCUGGAGCAGCAGCGGAUGUGACACACAACCCUGGGACAAGGGGACACGCUGCUCCUGUGACCAUCUCACCUUCUUCACCCUCCUCCUGAACCCAGCUCUGGACAGGUCCACAGCACAAGCCCUGAUGGCUGUUGCCACUGCUGGUUGCGGGGUAGCCAUGGCUUUCUCCAUCUUCACCAUUGCCUUCUGCAUCUUCUUCAGGUGCAGGUACAGGUCCGAGGAGACCCUUCGCAUCAACCUGGGGCUGCAUGUAAACCUGGUGGGCAGCCUGCUCCUCCUCAACCUGGCCUUCCUGCUCAACAGCAGGCUCUCCACCGGAACCCUGCUGGGGCCCUGCAAGGUCCUGGGGGGGUUCACCCACUACUGCCUGCUCUGCUGCUUCACCUGGAUGGCGCUGGAGGGCUGUCACCUCUACCUUCUCUUUGUCAAGGUCCUCGGCACCUACAUCCGUAACUACCUGGUGAAGCUGUCCCUGGUGGGCUGGGGCUUCCCUGCUCUUGUGGUGGGGGUGGCAGGAGCCAUCGGCAGCUAUGGAGAAUACAGCAUCCAGACCACGGACCACCAGGUCAUAGCCCGCCUGUGCUGGAUCACUUCCAAGCAUCUUCUGGUUCACUACAUCACCAACUGCGGCUACUUUGGCCUCAUCUUCCUGUUCAACACAGCUGUUUUUGGGGUGGUGAUCCAGAAGAGCUGCAGUCUGCAGAGCACAGGGGUAGUACAGGGAGACCGCAAGGCCUGGAAGGUGGCCCUGGUGGCAAUGGGGCUCUUCUGCCUGCUGGGAGCCACCUGGGCCCUGGCAUUCCUCACCCAUGGCACCUCCUCUGUGGCCAUGCUCUACCUCUUCACCAUCCUCAACUCCCUCCAAGGUCAGGGCUGGCUUCGAGCUGGGCAUUCUGGGCUCGGGUGGGGAAGAUGGAGAAGCAGGGACCAGCCUGGUAGUGGCUUGACCAGGGUUCCCAAGGCACCAACAUCUUCCCAGCACUUCCCUUUGGCAGGGAAACACCAGGUCCCAGCCACCAGCAUGGAGCUGGUCAUGGCUCCCAACCACAUCCACCCCACUGAGGGUGGUUUUCCUCAAAGGAAGUCAUUUGUUGGCAGAGGAAGAGGGACAUUAUCCACCCAGGGCAUGACCCAGCCAAAUGGCUCACCAUGAAUCGUGGGGAGACCCUCCUGCUAGAGUAGGAGCAAGCUGGGGGAACACCCUGAAAGUGGCAGGGAAGAGCCAGCAGCAUUCCAGCAGGAUGCUUCCCACUAUACCCUGCUGCUCAGUGUCUGCCUUCCUCUCCCUGCAGGAAUCUUCAUAUUCAUCUGGCUGGUUGUUCUCUACUACCCAAAGGCAAAGGAGACCGUUGGCUCCUUCUCCCACAUCAUCAGACCUGACAAAGCCACCACAGCCUCCCAGGACUAGCUGCUGGCUGCAGCUCCCUCCCUGCCUGCACGUGCCCCUGCUGGGAGCGUGCCUCAGUUGCAAUAGGUGCAGCUUCCCGCAGAGGAUGAGGGCUCAGUUCACCAUGCCUCAGUUUACCCUUCAGUAGGCAGGAUCCACUUUAGCUGUAGAUGCACUUUGCUUCAGCCGGCCUGCGGUGGGCAAGGAGUUCUGGAGACAUCCCUUCUGCCAAAGUCCCUCCAUGCUGCAGCUGCACCAAGGUCUUGAACUGCCCCUGAUCUCCUUCUCCUCUUGUGGGG